AUUGGCUCUGACCAUAUCCCUUUGCAUGGACCAUAUUUACUGAAUAUAGGGGGACCCUCUUGCUGGCGUGGACCAUGAGCAAUGAGUCUACCGUCUGGAACAUUCUACCAGAAAACUCCACAGGGAUUCCAACAGAGGCUGCAGGGGAGCAGAAUAAUGACUACGUGCUCCUCCUUGUGAUCCUCUCCAUCUUGCUGGUGGGAGCGCUGAUCUUCAUCUCUGUCUUCCUCAUCGCCUGCCGCCGCUACUGUCGAGAAGGGGGACGCUAUGCCAGGGCCGGCGAUGACCCUGAGAAAACCAACACCACCUACAUGGAGGAGUCGCAGCCCACGCACGAAAUCACAAUCAGGGUGGACGAGUCGGACUGCCUGUCGGUCGCUGGCUCCCAUAACCAGGAGACUGAGCGUUUCCUCUCCACCGGCACCACAGGCCGCCGGGUGUCUUUCAACGAGGCUGCGCUCUUCGACCAUGGCAAGAAAGCCCAGGAGAAAGGCCGGAGGUACACCCUGACCGAAGGGGACUUUCACCACCUGAAGAACGCCCGGCUAACACACCUCAGCAUCCCUCCCCCGGCCCUCAAGAUAGUCACCAUCCACGAGUGUGACUCAGCUGAGAACACCAUCACCAUGGCGACACGUCCUGCCGCCAAGUCGGCACUCUCCAUCUUCCAGGUGACAGCCCCGCCGAUGCUGUGCCCCCUGCCACAAACGGCACUGACGAGCCUGAGCGUCAGUCCCAGUUCAGCGCUUCCAGGGGAUGCCCUAAACUCUGUGGUGGACACCAGCUUCAGCGACAGCCCCUCUGCUCCCAGCUCCAAAGAGCCCAGCUCAAGCUCUAUUGAGACGAUGGGAGCAGGACCCCGCAGCAGUCUAAGCAGGGCCAGUGUGGUUGAGGGAGCGGCAGCGGGGAGUGGAGCCCCCCCUGGUGGUAGUGCUGGUACAGGGGGCCAGGGGCCUGUGCUGCAGUUCUUUACCAAGCUGCGACGCCACGCCAGUCUGGAAGGGGCCAGCCCCUUCUUCAAGAUCAAGAAAUGGAAGCUGGACAGCAGCCAGAGAGCCUCCAGCCUGGACACCAGAGGCUCUCCCAAGAGGAGGCAGUUCCAGCGGCAGCGAGCUGCCAGCGAGAGCAUGGACCGGGAUGACAAUGACACACACCACAUAGACCUUAUCCAGUACAUAGCCCGCACCCAGGACAUCACCUACUGUCCCAGCCGGCCUUCUGCACGCCUCCUCUCUCCUCCCUCCACGCCACCUCCCUCCCUCGGCAGGUUAGAGGUGGAGGUAAUGGUGGAGCCAAGCUGCAGCCGUGGUGGUCCAGGGGUGAUUGGUCUGUCCCCUGAUCCCCAGGACGAAUCACUGACCCCGGCCCAAAGGGAAAGUAACGACCCUUCGGACCUCCAGGAUCCCCAGGACCCACAGGCCCUUUACAGAGACAUCUGGAACCUUCGUGCCUCACUGGAGCAGUAUGCCGCCUCUGACCAGAGCAGCAACAAUGACAGGAACUCCAUCUGCAGUGACGCUGACAGUGUGUGUUCACUGGGGGGGCGAACAGAGACAGCAAAAGGCGGGCUUCCCAGUUACCCAUCGCAGGACUUGGGGGAUGAGGCAGAUGGCGGAGAGGAAGACAAGGAUUUGGCUGUGCAUAAAGAUGAGGGACUCGGGAUGAAGGAGGUAAGUAAGAGAAAGCAGGACAGCAUGGAGUCAGACAGAAGGAGUAGCGAUGGGGAGACAGGGAACCGCAAGCUGCUGCAGAUGGACAGCGGCUACGCGUCGAUAGAAGCUCCGUCUCGCGGUCCAGAAGAUCUACGACUGCUUAGCAGCAGCCACAGCAGCAGCAGCCCCAAAGACAGAACCGCCCUGGAAAGAAGGCAUCACUUCACCAGUGCAGGGCGGACUGGCACCAUUGGUGAGAGCUUCGAGUCUUACCUGUUUGAGGAGGAGCCGGAGGAGGAGCUGUUGGCAGGGGCUACCGGAGGAGUUACCAUAGAAACAGGAGCCAGCCCCCUGGGUUGGUCCCCGUAUGGUCAGAUGUUCAUACCCCGGGAGGUGGCUAAGCCUUCACCCCAACCCCCAGUCCAACCCCCAGCCUUGCACCGGCGAGACUACAGCAUCGACGAGAAGACGGACGCGCUCUUCCACGAGUUUCUUCGCCAUGACCCCCAGUUUGACCAGCAGGAGUCGCCACUGAGAAAGCACCGGUCCCGUAUCCACCUCCGAAAGCAAUGGCAGCGCCACAAACAGUGGAGUGACCCGGGCGUCAGACACUACCACUCCUCCUUCGAGAGACAGCGGACCCCGUUGCGCCGAGGCGACAGCGUGAACUACCCACUGGAAACGAGCUACCACAGCACGCUCCCACGCAUUGUCAGUGCACCGGACGAGGAGGCCAGCGAUGGGACCGGUAGCGCUCCUGAAACCCCAAAGGCGGAGGCCACAGCCGCUGCAGUUGAGAGGAAUAAGGGGGAGCGGAGUGCUGAGGUGGCGGUAGAAGUGGAGGGGGAUGGUCCUCCUCUUCAUACCUCUCUCUCAGAGAAAGAGGGACAGGUAUGCGAGCACCCUCAGGAGGACAGCAAACAGUGUGGACCCCCACCUGAGCCCCCGAAUGAGAGCUCGCCACCACAGCUCCAUGACUCCACGGGCUACGGCCCUCAAACCAUCACAGCCGAGCUAAUGGACAAACUAACAGCGAACCUGGAUGAGCGGCUUUAUAUGGGCCUACGCAGGUCAAAGGACGCGACAAGCGAGUGUGUGGCUGUAACAGUGACACACGCAUCUCCCGACCACAGCCCAGUGUAGCAGGGCUCCAGCUGUUCUCCUCAUCACCCUCUCUACUGACGACACACACUAUUUUUCUGUUUUUUCAUGUCUUGCCUGUCUCAAAAAAAAAUUGUGAAGGUAUACACACAUUCAAUAGCUCGAUCCAGACCUAUAAAACCGAACA